GCCAGGGGAGGAAGAAUGCGGGUCUAUUUAAUGGUCUUCUGCCUUAUUUGCUGCACCGUGAACGGACAAGUAGUGUAUUCCAUCGCUGAGGAAACGGAGCGCGGAGCAUCUGUUGGGAACAUAGCGAAGGAUUUAGGAAUAGAUGCAGCUACACUUUCAGCUCGGAAAUUUCGUAUGAUCACCGGUUCAAGUAAGCAAUAUUUUAAUAUAAAUGGAAGCACGGGGACCCUGUCUGUUAAUGAGCCCAUAGACAGAGAGCAACUUUGUGAAUUAAAGUCUGCCUGUCUUCUGAAUUAUGAACUUGUGUUAGAAAACCCUCUAGAGCUUUAUAGGAUGGAAUUUAAAGUCUUGGAUAUAAAUGACAACUCUCCCAGCUUUCCCUUAAGUGAAUAUCAUAUAAAGGUGCCUGAGUUCCUGUCACCCGGGGCACGGUUUACACUCCCCAACGCCCGAGAUCUUGAUGAAGGUACCAACAGUGUUCAGAAUUAUACUCUGAGCCCUGAUGAACAUUUCCAUCUGGAAAUGCAGACACGUGGAGACGGGAGUAAAUAUCCUGAAUUGGUGCUGAAGAAAGCCUUAGACAGGGAGCAGCAAGCCACACACAGACUUGUCCUUACAGCCAAAGAUGGUGGGGAUCCUCCAAAGUCUGGUAAUGUCCCAGUCAUUGUGACUGUGCUGGAUACCAAUGACAAUGCACCAGAAUUUGAGCACUCAGUCUACAGGACGAGUAUCUUGGAAAACUCCCCCAGUGGCACAUUGGUAGUGCAAGUGCAUGCCACGGACUUGGAUGAAGGUCCAAAUGGAGAGAUCAGGUAUUCAUUUAGCAAUACAACUUCUGCUGAUCUACAGCGAAUGUUCUUAAUUCACCCACACACUGGGGAGGUGACAGUCAAUGGUGUUUUAGCUGUUCAGAGACCUCUCCUCGAGAUGCUUAUUGAGGCAAGGGAUAACGGGGCAUUUGGUAUGUCCAGCACAGCUAAGUUGCUGGUGGAAAUCACUGAUGUGAACAAUCAUGGCCCAGAGAUAACAAUUACAUCCCUUUCCAGUCCUAUUCCUGAGGAUGCUGUUCCUGGAACAGUGAUAGCUCUGCUGAGUAUUAUGGAUAAGGACCCUGGGGAGAAUGGGAAAAUAACCUGCCAGAUCCCUGAUAAUCUUCCCUUCCAGUUAAAGCCUUCCCUUGAAAACUACUACAGCCUGGUCACCAGCAAGCUUCUGGACCGAGAGCUGAUCAGUGGGUACAACAUCACCAUUACUGCCACAGACUUGGGCUCCCCGCCCAUCACCACUCAGAAGACCAUUUGGGUGCAGAUUUCUGAUGUGAAUGAUAACCCCCCUGUCUUCAGUGCUGACACAUUUGAUGUGUUUGUGGAGGAGAACAAUCCACUUGGUGCUUUUCUCUACCAAGUCUCAGCAUCUGAUCCUGAUAUGGGGGAGAAUGGACGUGUCUCUUACAUUCUCAGGAAUUCCACAGUUGCAGGCAGUGCCCUGGCCAGCUUUUUGUCUGUGGAUUUGGCCAACGGGAGCAUCUAUGCAACAAGUGCCUUUGACUUUGAGCAGCUUAGGAGCUUCUGUUUCGAAGUGGUAGCCAAGGACAAUGGGUCGCCAACCUUGAGUGCUGCUGUAACUGUGAAUGUUUACAUCUCAGACCAGAAUGACAAUGCCCCAGCCAUCCUGUACCCCACCAGCCAGAAUGGCUCAGUAGCUGUGGAAGUUGUUCCCCGCCUGGCUGAUGAGGAUUACCUGGUGACCAAAGUGGUGGCGGAUGAUGAGGACAAUGCGCAAAAUGCCUGGCUCUCCUACCACCUUGCCCACUCCUCCGACUCCACCCUGUUCCGCUUGGCACCGCACUCUGGUGAGCUGCGCACCACGCGCUCCAUGCGCUCCACCGACUUUCUCAAGCACAAGGUGGUUGUGGUGGUGCGGGACCAUGGGAAUCCACCGCUCUCCUCUACUGUGACAGUGGGCAUUCUCCUGGCUGACACCCUGCCCCAGGCACUACCGGACUUUGAUGACAGUGGGGAGCCACCAUCACUGCUCAAUGCUACAAACAUCUACUUGAUCGUUUCCCUUGCCUGUGUCUCCUGCAUCUUUGCGGCCUUCCUCCUCUUUCUUGCCAUUCUGCGGCUCUGCCGCUGCCAGACCUGCUGCUGCACGGACAUGCUGGAGGUCACUGGUGUGGGUAAACUGACUCAUACCUACUUGUACAGGGCAUCUGUAGGUCUUGGGCCUAGUAACAGCAGCAUCCCAAAUGGUGAUGCAGGGAAUAUUGCCAGUGGCUCAAGGUUGCAAGUGCAAGGACCCUGCAUCCAAGUGCAGCAGGUCCAAAGUGAUCGGUUGAGUGCUGUCCUUGUG